CUGUUUUCAAAGAAGUUUGGUUUGAUUACUCAUAGCAUAGAUUGUCAUAGUUGUCAAUAACUGUCAGAUUUUAUCAACAGUGCCUGAAAGUUUAUAAACUUACUCAUUCAAGUUUGUGUUUGUUUGUAUGUUACAAUAAAAAUUACAAGAUGACAGUAAUCGAAUUUUUUGGAUGUUCCUUUUUGGCGUUUGGUCCACCCUUGGCUAUGUUUAUGUUGACCAUUGCACAUGAUCCAGUAAGGAUAAUAAUAUUGAUAGCAGCAGCUUUCUUCUGGUUACUGUCAUUGUUAACAUCAUCAUUGUGGUGGUUUAUAGUGAUACCAUUGCGAAAGGAACUUGUUUUUGGAUUGGUGUUUAGUGUAUGUUUCCAAGAAGUAUUCAGACUAAUAAUUUACAAAAUUAUUAGGAAAGCAGAAAAUGGCCUUAAGAAAAUCACUGAUGAUAGCACAGCAUUAAUAGAGAACAAACAUAUAUUAGCUUAUGUCAGUGGACUUGGGUUUGGAAUCAUAAGUGGAAUGUUCUCAUUGGUGAAUGUGGUAGCUGACGCUGUUGGACCUGGAACAAUGGGUUUAAAAUCUGGAAAUGAACUGUUUUUCAUUACUAGCUCUGCCAUCUGUUUAUGUUUUAUAUUGUUACAUACAUUUUGGGGAAUCCUAUUUUUCCAUGCAAUUGAUACCAAUAAUCGUUUGCAAGUGGCUUAUGUUGUUUUAACACAUCUUGCUGCUUCAUCAUUGACAUUAAUCAACAGAUAUCAAGUUUAUUAUGCAACAAUUGUUCCGCUCUAUGCAUUAUUAGUGUUUACUGCCUUAUAUGCAUUCAGGGUUGUUGGUGGUUCUAUUACAUCACUCAAAAGAUGUAUUCAAUAAUAUAUUGUA